AUGCCCUGCAGCAAAUUGCACGUACAAUCGUACGGUCUCUUUUGGUUCCUAAGUACAGUAUACCUGGUGCAUGCCGCAUUUUUCGACACCAAUCUCUCAACUGAUACUGUAUUUAAUCUCAUUGUGCGUCGUCCGCGCGUCGCAGGUGGCACUUUAACAAUUCCAAUCGAUUCCAGUGUGAGACUUGUGAAGUGUUCUCGCGGUGAAGCCCGAUACAAUACCAUUCGUCUUCGCUACGGUAUAUCGCGCAAGUGCCUCAUCCUACGCGCAUCCGAUACACUUGAGCGCGAUAAAUGGCUUGUCGGAAUUAUUCAAGCAAUGGCAGCCCUUCAGAACAUCGGACCAUACUUGCCAAUUUCUGCAGUAGAUUGA